GCAGUCUGGAACAGCUCUGGCUGCUUUCUGAUCUCUGAAACAUCCUGGUGUUUUUCCAUUUUUCCACCCACAGAGGCGUAGAGAGACACUCAGGCAGGGAAGGCGUUUCUAGGCUGCUGGGAAGUUUUGAGGAGGCAGAAGCCAGUUGCGCUUCGAGGAGGACAGGGAGCUUCCUCAGGGACCUCGGGUCAUUGCGGAAAGUCCUCUGAUUGGACUUAUUUCACAUUUUUGAUAGCUGUAGGCCCUUUCCUUCCUCUGCCCUCCUCUUUGGAACAAAGUCCCUGAUGAAGGGGCUCCUUGUGAGCUGGGGAAUGCUCACGGCCUACUAGUGCGUGAUUCUGCUGCUGAGAGUAAAAGCGAGGCGGGGGCGGCCCACAGCGGACUUGGCACGAGAAACCCCUUCGCUUCCGCCGCCUCUCCGGCCUCUUCUGAGACCAGAGAAAGGAGGGUUCCUCCUCUGGGCAGCACCUCCUCCAGCCCCGCACCCACCUCGGGGCCCAGCUCCUGGGCACAGGGAGUCAAAACUCUGUUUGAACUCAGUGGCCCAAGCCGACAGCAGGAGGCAAUCUCGGAGGACGAGGAGGCAGCGUCCUCUGCCCGAGCGAAGCAGCAUGGACGCCGUCAGCCAGGUCCCCGUGGAAGUGGCGCUCCCCAAGCACAUCCUGGACGUCUGGGUCAUUGUCCUCAUCAUCCUGGCCACCAUCGUCGUCAUGACCUCCUUGCUGCUGUGCCCGGCCACGGCCGUCAUCCUCUACCGCAUGCGGACUCAUCCUGUGCUCAGUGGGGCCGCCUGAGGCCUCGCGAGCGGGGAGGUGAGGGAUGAGGCCGGCACCCCUGCCCCCGGCCCCGUCCCUUUCUCAGAAAAGCAAAGGAGGGACUUGGGAACGUGGACUCUGCAGCUUGAUGUGUGAGGGGAUCGGAGUUCUGCUUCGGAUUCUGCCACCGGCCAGCGCUGGGAAUUCAGUCAAGUGACCUAAUGCCGCGAGUUCCUGGUUCCUCGUCGUCCGGGGGGAUCACGAUCCUGCCCAUCCUACCUCAUGGGGCUGCGAGAACCGGUGACCUAGGGGAGGUGACCACUGUUAGCGAGCAGGUGCAGGUGUUGCUGCUGAAAGCUGGGCGCUUUGGAGAACCCAGGACCCGGACGGCCGGUGAGGCCAAGGGGGAGGGGGAGACGCGGGGGCAAAGCAGCCUCUGCCAGGGCGCCUCAGGAGAAACCCAGCAAAGGCAUCCUGUCCUCACGCCAAGGGACCAACAACAGUGGCUCAGGGUUAUUUUCCUUGAGGUGCCACUCCCUCGAGGUCGCUAAUUUGGGAGGGAAUUGAGCAUGGCAUGGGGAGGGAGAUGGGUGGGUCUUCCCAGAACCUUCUCUGCAUCAGAAUCUGUGCCCCUGUGCUGUCUGGGAGGGGCCCCCAUUUCUUGGCGGUGCGGAGGGACCUGGGGGCGAUAGGCUACCUUCUGCACGGGCAUCCCAUGGCUUGGACACUCAGGCACUGUUGGCAGAGGCAGGGUGGCUGAGUUCCCUGGCCAGCUCUCAGCAUCUCCAGCCUCUGCCCCCCGCCCACCCGUGCCCCCGUGCCCCUGCUCCUGCUAUAACUAGCUUCACCGCAUGUGUAUCCCCCCUCCUGCCCUCCCCCCAGCGCUGCAACCAUUCCAAGGUACAGACUUAUAUGUUAAAAGAUGUUCCUGGCACUUCUGGAACUGACUCAAACAACAACGUUUGUUUUAAAUGCUAUGAUUUAUAUUUAUAUGUAGAGAGAUUUCUGGACCACUUAAGCUCUUUGAGCAAAAUCAGAAGAAUCUGGGGAUUUGUUAAAUUAUGUAAGAAGAUGGCACAGAUAUCAAGAUAUUAUUGUGUAAAAACAAUGCUUUUACUCUGAUCUAAUUUCAUUGAUGUACUCAACUAAUUUCCAAUAAAGUGCUAGAAUGAG